AACUAAAUGACUUUUGAAAGUUUUUCCCUGAUUAUCAAAUAAUAAAUAUGACUUCUCUCAGCAUAUUUUGGGAUCAAAGAGCAUUGACCGAUCCAUGGAGGAGGUGAAGGAGGACGUAUACUCGUUGUGGGCAUUACCAGAUGAGGAAUCAGAGCCGAGAUUCAGAAAGCUUAUGGAAGCUCUGAGAUCUGAAUUCACUGGCGCUAGUUUCGAGCCUCACGUCACCGUCGCCGUAGCCACUCUGACUGCAGAGGAAGCCAAGAAGUUGUUCGAAUCAGCUUGCGACGGUCUUAAAUCUUACACAGCCACCGUUGAUCGCGUCUCCACUGGAACUUUCUUUUUUCAAUGCGUUUACUUGCUUCUCCAGUCCACCCCAGAGGUAAUGGAAGCUGGUGAACACUGUAAGAACCAUUUCAAUUCCUCCACUGCCACACCCACACCUUACAUGCCGCAUUUGAGCUUGCUUUACGCCGAGUUAACAAAAGAAGAGAAGAAGAAAGCGCAGGAGAAAGCUUACACACUCGAUAACUCCCUCGAUGGCCUGAGUUUCCGGUUAAACCGACUCGCUUUAUACAAAACUGAUACCGAAGACAAGACUCUAGAGUCGUGGGAGAGGGUGGCUGUAUGCAAUCUCAGUCCUUAAGAAAUACAACGAGUUUGGUUCUGACUCUGUGAUAAUAAGGUUUCGAUAAACUUACUUUGGAGCAAUGUAUCGUUUCUCUCUAAAGAUUGAAUAAAUAAUGUUACUUUAUAAUACAACUCCGCGACGUAUUACAAAAACC